GCAGUACUACGGUAAUGGCGCAUGCGCACUUCGCAGCAAGAGUGACAUUAUUGUCAUUUCAAAGAGGCGUCCUACUUUAGUAAACUACCGCAUUUGACUUUUUAGGCAACACUAUUGAUGUUUAACGGUGUCUACAGAGGCGGGAAACUUGAGUCUGAAAUGAGAGACAACGCAUGGUCGUUACUUUGACGUUGCAACGCUCGAAUAACGAAACAGACGGACGAGGCGAUGUGGUGGUUCCAGCAAGGUCUCAGCUUCUUGCCGGCUCUUCUGGUCAUCUGGACUUGGGCGUCGUUCGUCUUCGCCUACGUGACAGCGGUGCUCCUGAGACAUGUGGACCCUCUGGUCCCGUACAUCAGCGACACAGGAACCAUGGCGCCAGAGAGGUGCGUGUUUGGCUUCAUGCUGGACGUAUCGGCCUUUUUAGGCAUGGCCACCGUGUACGUGCGCUACAAACAAGUGGAGGCGCUGACAGACAACAGCGAGCGCCGCCUCCUCAAAGUGAACCGCUUGGGUUUGCUGCUGGGUCUCUUCAGCUCCUUGGGGAUGUGUGUGGUGGCCAACUUCCAGAAGACCACGCUGUUCUCGGUUCACCUGCUGGGGGCGGUGCUCACCUUUGGUGUGGGAGCCAUCUACAUUCUGGUGCAGACGCUGCUGUCGCACUACAUGCAGCCUCACGUGCACAGCAGGAGCGUCUUCCUGCUGCGUCUCGCCAUCGGCCUUUGGACCCUCGGCAGCGUCCUCAGCAUGUUUGUGUCGUCCGUGGUCAUGUACAGCAGCCUGCCUGGAGUGGACGUCACACACAAACUGCACUGGACGCCUGGAGAGACGGGCUACACGCCUCACCUCAUCAGCACCAUCUGCGAGUGGUCUCUGGCCUUCUCCUUCAUCAGCUUCUUCCUCACGUACAUACGAGACUUUCAGAAAAUUACUUUGCGGGCCGAGGCAGACGUACAGAGCACUCACCUGUACCACUGGCCGCGUGACGACAAACUCAGAGUCUCUGAGUCGUCGCCGCUCCUCUCAGGAGCCCCGUGAUGCAAAAAGUACACCUCUGCUACACAAAAGUGUCUUUUCUCCACUCUGCUUGCUUCUUCCUCGGCUGCAGUAAAGGUGUCACCUAGACCUUG